GUACUUUAAAUCUUAUUCAAGUUGUUUUGCAUGGGAUCACCUGCUAAGUAGGAAAAAUGACUACUCCAAUGUUCGGAUGCAUAGUUCCUGGCAGACUGAAAAAGAGCUGCAUUUCAGCUGCAUGCUGGUUAAUGAUUUCAGCUGCAUGCUGGUUGUUGAUUUCAGCUACAUGUUGGUUUCUGAUUGGUUAAGCAUUUGUUUAUAUGAUUUAAAAUCAUUUUCUCAAAGUGCAGUUUGUCUAUCAACAAAUAAGCGAUGCUCAAAUUGUUUUUCUUCUACCAAAUUGUGAAAGCAUUAAUCAUUUAGUAAUUUUUUUAACUGGAAGUCAACCUUUCCCUGAAGGUUAUGCUGCUUCUAUCUACUUAUGCUGGCCAAAUUCUGAGGUAGCAUGGCAUAUGUUAGGUUUUGUUUCAAAUGAUAAACCUAGCGCUGUGUUUAAAAUUGCCAAGAGAUAAUGAAUAAUGUUGUUAAAGAGAAAAAAAAGCCUUUGCCAUUACCUGCUCAAAGAUUUAUACCAAAAGAUGAAAACAUACCAACAAAUUUUUUAAAAAAUGAUAUUCUUAGUAAACAAAAUAGCCAUCCUGGAUAUAACAAUAAAUCUGACAAUAUAAAUGAAAAUAAAAAGGGUAGAGAACCUAAUGUACCUUUUAUAAAACCAAAAACAGAAAUGUGCAAUGUGCCUAAUGAAAAUCUUUUUAAAAACCAAAACAAGGAAAACUUAAUUCAGGAUGAAAAAAUUAAACAGAAAGGUUUUAGUGAAAAUUCUAAAUUGUUAACAACAAUCUUUGAAACAAAUAAAAAUGUUAAUGAAGAUUCUAUUACCAACAAUUUUCAAGAAGAUUGGUUUGCUAAAAAAAAAGUAAGCAGAGCAAAUGACCAUCAUGACAAUUUUUUAAAUUCAAAAAAUGCUGUGCCGUCAAGUAACUUAAACAAAAUCAAAAGUGUUUCUUCUCCAUCUUUAUUAAGUUCUCGCGAUAUGCCUGAUGGUGGUAUAAAUGAGCUUGAUUUAGUACAUAAAGAAAAAAGAUCUUACAUUAGAAAUGGUAGAUUAGUGCAGAAAAUAAAAGGAAAACAAAAUCGUAAAGACAAGUGUGUAAGUUUAUUUGAAGUUAAUGAGCCAUUCAACAACCAUAGCAGCAGAUUAUUUAAAGAGCCUAUGCUUAAACAAGAUCAUAUGUUGACAAAGGUUUCUGAACACUUAGUAGAAGGUAAACCUGAAUGGUUUGAUCAUGUGCUCGUUAUCACCUUGAAAAAAGGUAACAAUGAGAAUCUUACACCAUUUAUUUCGUUUCAAUUUCCUCCUCAGAUUGAUGAAGUAACCUCUUCAGCUUUAAAUCAAAGAAUUAAGAGUAUUCCCCAAUUUUGUUUUCCUGAUAGUAGUUUUGUAUCAAGUUUUAAUAAAAGUGAAACAUUUUCAUUUGUACUGACAGAUGAAAUUGGUGGAAGAGUGUUUGGUUAUUGUAGACUGAUACAGGCUUCCACAGAAAAAUAUCCAGAAGUUUAUUGUAUUGUUAGUCCACAUGGUUUGUUUGCUUUAUAUUCACAGGUUUUAGAUGAAGUUGAAAAGCAGAGACAGUAUUCUUCAUCUGCUGUGUUUUCCUUUUUAAAAGCUGUUAUUUCCCAUCCUUUACCUAAACCAGCAGAAACAAUAACUGUGUCAUACUUUUCUCCAGGUGGAGCUGGAAGAAAACAUCUAGACUUGUUCAGACCUUCUGAUUCAGCAAUACAUGAGCAUGUCAAUUUGUGGAAUUUAUUUUCUACUUUGCCUAUUCUUAUGAUAAUUCGCAUUUUGGGUUGCUUGCUUGUUGAGCAAAAAGUUGUUUUAGUUUCAGCUUCUUUAAGUUUACUUUCAUCUUGUUGUCAUGGGUUUAUAUCAUUGAUGUACCCUUUUGAAUGGGAGCAUACUUACAUCCCUGUUCUCCCUACAAAAUUAAUUGAAAUAGUUUGUUUACCUUCGCCUUAUCUGAUAGGAGUAUUGCCAAGUGCUAUUGUAGAGAUGAAUGAUUUACCUGUUGAAGAAGUUAUUGUUAUUGAUCUAGAUGAAAAGAAGAUUUUAUGUGAAAGUCAUCACAAAAGUGUUUUUCCUAAGCAAAUCAUCCAAGAUAUUUCUCACACUAUGGAUGAAGUUCAAAAAAGUUUUUACAAUUUAACAAACAUUAGUGAUAAUGAGACGAAAAUGAGAAACAAAAUAAUCACAGAAGUUUUUGUUGAAUUUUAUUUACAGUUGAUUGGACAUUUUGAAAAAUUUUACAUUUGCAAUGAGGCUGGUCAAGAAAUAUUUUCAUCAAAACAGUUCUACAAAGCAUCUCAAUCCAGAGAACAUAAACAAUUUUUAAAAAUGUUUGUUGCAACUCAAGCAUUUAAACAGUUUACUUCUAAAAGAAAGAAAUAUGGGCCUGCUUAUGGGUUGUUUGAAGAUUGUUUUUUUGAAUGGAAACUAAAAAGGCGGAAUGAAAACUUGACAUACGGUUCAAAGUUCAAAGACUUUUUAUCAAUUUUGAAAUUAAAAGCUAAACCGAAUUAAGUUAUCUACGCUGUUUAUCUUAAACCGGACAUAAAUUGUUUUUGGAAAUCUAUAAAAUUCUGUUCAAAUAUACAAGUGGUCGUGAGUUUGCGAAGUUUUCUAUUUUUAAACAAUAAUGGUUUGUAAUAAUUUAAUAUCUCACGUUUUUUUAAUAGUAUAUUUUAUCACGUAUUUUUACAGUGAAAGGUUAUUUAAUAUAUAAGUAUAAAUCUUGAAAAUAUUAGAAAAGCUGUUUUUGGAUAUCUAUAAAAUUUUGUUCAAAUAUACAAGCGGUCGUAAGCUUGCGAAGUUUACUAUUUUUAAUAUGGUUUGCAAUAAUUUAAUAUCUCACGUUUUUUUAUUAGUACAUUUAUCAUGUAUUUUUAUAGUGAAAUGUUAUUUAAUAUAUAAGUAAAGAUCUUGAAAUUUGUAAUAAAAUUUGGUUUUAAAUUUAGUAUGAGUGUUGCAUAGUAUAGUUGCAUAGUGUGACAUGUUAAACGCUGUUAUAUAAAGGCAAAUUCGUCACGUAGUGCCGAAAAGAAAAAAAUUAACAUUUGUUUUAAAAGUUUGACAAUUUUGUGAAAAAUACCAAGACUUUACCGAAAACAAAUAUCCAUCGGUAAUUCUGCAUUCGUUGGUAAUUCUGCAUCCGUCGGUAAUUCUGAUGUCAAAAUCUUUUUUCUGAAUAGGUAUUAUAAAUAGGGUAAAAGACCCAGUGUUCGCCAUGUGAUCUAGUCUUCGCCACUUAAUGCAGAACCAAAAACUGUUUGCUGAAAAAAUUCGAAGUUGUAUUUAAAAAAAACUUUCCUUUUUUUUCUUUUUUACGAUAUUAUUAGGAUGCAGAAAUAUCUUGUAAACAUAGAAUUGAUGGAUAAAUUUAAUAGGGUGGGCCGGGUGGCGAACACUGAAAGUACUCCCUUGCUUGUAUUCAUCAAAACCUUUUUUUUAAAAAAUGACUUUUUUCAACUUAUCGCAGAAUAUGAACUCCGUCACAUAUGUCAGUAUGGGUAUGGUUUAAUUUUGAUUAAAAAAUAACCUUGUAAUAAGCAGUUAAAUUUUUUCCAAAAUUGCUUUUAUUAUAUCAGUAUUUCCAUGCUGAGCUUAUUUUUAUUACUAUUUAAAUUUGAUGUCAACUUUUGAAUGUAACUUUUAUUGUUGUUUUGAGUAAAAAAUGGAAUUAUAUUAAAA